AAGAAAGAGACGCUUUCUCGAAAGACACGGAGGAGCAGCGAGAGAGCGAGAGAGCGAGAAAAAGAGAGAGAGAGAGAGCGAGAGAGAGAGAGAGAGCGCUAAACGCGCGCCCGGCAGACGGCAGCAGGCUAAGGCAGGAGGCGCGGACAGUGAAGGAUGACGGCAGCGGCAGCGGCAGCAGCUCCUCCUCGCCUCCCUCAGCUCCUCGGCAGCAGAACCUCCCGGUAGACGGCGGGACUUCAGCAGCAGGUGCGCGCUCCUCGCUAAAGGACAAGCGGCAGGAAAGGAGGGAGCGCCGGAAAAACUGCUUUUAUCCUUUUCUUUUUUUCUUCUUCUUAUUCUUCUUCUUCUUCCGUGGAUGUACACCCCCCCACCCUCCUCCUCCUACUCCUCCUACACCUCCUCCUCCUCCUUCUCCUCCUUCUCUUCCUCCUCCCCCCUUCCCGAGAACAGCUUCCUCCUGGAUACCGGCAGGUACCAUGGCGACCCGCACCUUUGACUCUGACCUCUCGGCGGCUGGUGGCAGCGUUCCCCCGGAGGCGUCCGAAACGCAAUAAGUUGCGCUUCACGCUUUUUUUUUCUUCUUUCUUUCUGUGGACGGUUUUUUUUUUCCUUCUUCUUUCUGUUCCCUCUUUUCCUCCUGCGGUUGACUUAACCUGAAAAGAGGACCCGGGUUUUUAGUGGGGCUUUUCUUUUUUUUUUUUUCCUGUGGCGUUUCAGGAGCAGCGCAGCAGUCAGAGCGCAGUCUUUUUUUUUGGGGGGGGGAGCCAGGUGCGCUCUCUCCCUAUUUCUGUUUUUCGGAAGGUUCAGGUGACCGCGUGACCGCGGAGGACAAUGCCCGGAUUAUCCCACGCCGGACUCUCUCGCUCGCCCCAGGGAAGCGGCAAGUGAGCGAGCGGACAGGAGAAGGGGAAGCGGCGGGUUGGUUGGUGGUUGGUGGUGGUGCUGUUGGUGGUGGUGGUGGUGGGGGGGGCUGGGGGCUGGCCCUGUUUCCCCCGCUGUGGAGACCCGCUCAUCCGUUCUGCUAUCGCACGCACGCCACAGAGAGAGAGAGAGAGAGGACCAGGGAGGAAACGCAGGACAGGACAUUCGUGAGACCCGCGCCCCCACCCCCCUCCCCAUCGCAGCCUGGGUCUGGAGGGAUUGGUAGAAGAAUGCAGGUCCCGUGCGCCCGAGGGCAGGAUGGCGUUGCGUUGGCAGAGUGCCGCGGCUGGUAGAUGGUCGCUGUUGAUGCUCCUAUGGCAGUGGACGGUGCUGGGCCACCUGGGCUGGGCGCUGGUCCUGGCGGCCGCGCCGCCCGACCUGAGCCCCGCCCCCCUCUCCGGCGUCGGGGGGCCCGGCGGCCGGCUGGACUGGCUGCUGUCUGACAAGGGCCCGUUCCACCGUUGCCCCGAGUACACGGAGUUCAGGGAGCGGUUCCAGCAGGGCUUCACCACCCGCUACAAGAUCUACAGGGAAUUCAACCACUGGAAGGUGAACAGCUUGGCAACGGAAAAACGGGACUUUCUGAAGACCCCGUUGCCCCUGGCGCCGGAGUUCUUCCGGAACCUUCGGCUCCUGGGACGCAGGCCCAGCCUGCAGCAGAUCAACGAGAACCUGAUCAAGAAGUACGGGACACACUUCCUGGUUUCGGCUACGCUCGGCGGGGAAGAGUCGCUCACCAUCUUCCUGGACAAGCAGAAGCUGAGCAAGAAGUCGGAGGGCAGCGGGAACAGCUCGGUGGUCUCCCUGGAGAUCCUGCACCAGCUGGCCGCCUCCUACUUCACCGACCGGGAGAGCACCCUGAGGAGGCUGCACCACCUGCAGAUCGCCACGUCCGCCAUCAAGGUAACAGAGACCAGGACCGGACCCCUUGGAUGCAGUAAUUAUGACAGCCUGGAUUCUGUCAGUUCUGUCUUGGUACACAGCCCUGAGAACAAAAUCCACUUAAAAGGUCUCCAGGACGUCCUGCCCGAGUUCCUCCGCUCGCGGUUCGUGGAGGCGGCGCUCAGCUACGUGGCCUGCAACUCCGAGGGCGAGCUCCUGUGCCGGAACAACGACUGCUGGUGCCGCUGCACCGCCAAGUUCCCAGAAUGCAACUGCCCCUUCGCCGACAUCAAGGCCAUGGAGGAGAACCUGCGCAAAAACAAGGAGUCCUGGAUCAACCUCAACGUGGAGUUUGAGGAAUCAGAGGAAUUUAAGGCCUUCCUGAAGAGGCUGCCCAGCGACCACUUUCUCAACUCGUCCACGGUGCUGAAGUUCUGGACCGCGGACUCCGCCCUCCAGCGUCGCUACGGGCAACUGGAGGCGGGGACCAAGCUGCUGCAGGGGAAGGCGCAGAAGAUCGUGAGGAAGCUCUUCACCCUGAGCAAGCGCUGCCCCAAACAGCCCAAACUCAGCCUGCCGAGAGAAAGGACGACAAGCUACUGGCUGCGGCGGGCGCAGUCCCUCCUGUACUGCAACGAGCACGGCGUCCUGGGCGCGUUUUCCGAGGAGGCGCACGGCUGCACCUGCGCGGCGGAGAACGCGGCCUGCCAGGGGGCGGUGCCCUGCCUGGUCGCCGAGGGGACCUGCUGCGCCGCCUGCGACCCGGAGAACGUCACCCGCUGCGGCGCCUGCCACCCGGGCAACGUCCUGCACGCGGGCGGCUGCCGGGCGGACGUGGCCGGCUCGCUCGACCACUACGUCAACUUCGACUCGGACGUGCCCGACGCGGAGGCCCGCUUCCUGCUUCGGCGGCUGGACAGCCGGGUGGAGGUGCACGCCAUCUACAUCAGCAACGACGUGCGCCUGGGCAGCUGGUUCAACCCCGCCUGGAGGAAGCGCAUGCUGCUCACGCUCAAGAGCAACAAGAACAAGUCCAACCUCAUCCACAUGCUGCUGGGCAUCUCCUUCCAGAUCUGCGCCACCAAGAACAGCACCCUGGAGCCCGUGCCCGCCAUCUACGUCAACCCCUUCGGGGGCAGCCACUCGGAGAGCUGGUUCAUGCCCGUCAGCCAGCAGGACUUCCCCGACUGGGAAAGAACUAGACUGGAGGGCUCGCUGCAGUGCUACAACUGGACGCUGACGCUGGGCAGCAGGUGGAAGUCCUUCUUCGAGACGGUGCACAUCUACCUGCGCAGCCGCAUCCUGACCGACGACCCCGCCGUCAACGAGACGCUCUUCUACGAGCCGCUGGACCUGGACGACCGCACCUCCAACCUGGGCUACAUGAAGAUCAACAGCCUGAAGGUGUUCGGCUACAGCAUGCACUUCGACCCCGAGGGCAUCAAGGACCUGAUCCUGCAGCUGGACUACCCGUACACCCAGGGCUCGCAGGACGCGGCGCUGCUGAUGCUGCUGGAGAUGAGGGACCGGAUCAACCGGCUGUCCCCGCCGGGCGCCCAGCGGCUGGACCUCUUCUCCUGCCUGCUCAGGCACCGCCUCAAGCUGUCCACCAGCGAGGUGGUCAGGAUCCGCGACGCCCUCCAGAUGUUCAACUCCAAGCUGCCCGGCUCCGCAGAGGAAGAACUGGGACAGCUGUGCAGCUAGUCUGCGGCGCGCUGACCACGCCCUUUCGCCCCCGCGCUCCGCCCCCCCCCCCCCAGCGCGGGUGCCCUCUGACCCUGGCUGUCUCCACGGCAACAGUGACAAGCAAACUUAAGGGGAAGGUCUCGCGGUCCACAUGUUCAUAGUUCCAUCAGCCACACACUAGCCAGGCCCCUGAGUUUGCAUGCAGAAGGACUUGAAAGAGGGGGGUUGGGGGUGGGGGGGGGGGUAGGUGGAGGAGGUUUCGGAGAUGGAGACUGACUAUGGCCCAUUUAACGCAGGUUUGAAAACCGGUUUCGAUGUGAACUGCCAGUUCCUUCAGGAUGUUUUUUUUUGUUUGUUUUUUUUUAACAGCAGCUAACAGUCAACAGCGUGGUUCUCAAAGGGCAGGGUUAAAUGGUUGUGCUGAAGUUCCUAGCUGUUCUAUCGGUUUAUCGUGCAAAAAACUGAAGAUGCCCAUGGCUUUCCAUACGGAAGAUGACACUUUCAGAUGUGUUUGUAGUGACAUUAUUGACGAGCAAAGUUGUUUUUUUGUUUUGUUUUUUUGCCAUAGCACAGGUAUAUUUGAAAGGAAAAGGUUAUUAAUACUAAAUCAAUCCUGCUAAUAUAUUGUGAAGCUUAAGUGUCAAGCAUAGUUAACAAUCCAUUCAUGACAUCUUUCAAAUUUUUAAAUCUCUGCUUUGAUUAUUUUAAUUUUUUUUUUCUGAAGUCAUAUUUGGUGUAUGGCGUUAACAGCUGUUGGUUUUUUUUUUUAUAUAAGUUUGACUGAGAUGCCUUUUUUGGCGUUCCUGGUAUUCCACCAUACACCGAAACCAAAAUGAGGAAACAUUUGGUUCAAACCGAAUGGCAAAAUGUCUGUUUUUGUAAAUUCUUUUAAAAAAUAUAUAUAUAUAUCAAGCGGAUAUAGCACCAUUUGACAUGGCAUUAAUACGGUUUGUGAAUAUCUCUGUAAAUAACGCUUCAUCUUAUUGUUAAAAUGUGAAACUUGCAUAUUGUUUUUUUUUUAAAUACAUAAGAGUUAAUUACAGAAUUUGCACAAGUGCAAAUGCCAAAAAAACACUUCUAAUGACACAGAAUCAACGUCUAAAUGCCUUACAAGUCAAUGUUUUUUCUGGAACUGAAGCACACUUAGUUGGCUGUGUAAUUUACAGUGCUCUUCUUUCCUUCUCAAACCUUGUUCCACUAAAGGGAAACUUCACUAUAAAUGUAAAAUGGAAUAUGUUGUUCCAAACCGCUCUCUUAAUUACCCAUAUUUUAACGUUCCAGUGCUCAAACGGAGAUCUAAUUGGAAAUCCCCAGCCUCCUUUACCUUUUAAUUAUCUUCCUGUCAACGAGGAUCAAAUUAUUCUUCCUCGCGUCUCUCUUCCUCUCUGUGUACCGUGACAAAUUACUGGUCGUUAACGGUCGCAUUUAACUUCACAGUCUGACCAGUUAAAUAGAUAAAUUCAGACUCCAAAUGCAAUGUUUUAGCUGUGGAUAUUGGCCUAAAUUCAGUCGAUGUUUGUCCUUAACAUUUGCUCAUUGUUCUAUGUAAGUGCUUUUUCUUCACUUAUAUUAUAAUUAUAAUAAUAAUAAUAAUAUAAUAAUAAUAAUAAUAAAGACCUAUAUGAUGAAAUAAACAUCUGUAUAAACUGUAAAAAGGGAAAAGUGUAGUGAAUAUCUCAAAAUCUCGAUCUCAAUGGGGGGGUUUUAGUUAGCUAAUAGCUCUUUAGUAUAAUCAGGGUUUGAAGGCAGAGACAGUAUUGACUGCAUUCCGGGCAAUACUGCAUGGAAUCUGAAUUCAUCUGUCCGUGUUAUCGGUGUGAGCUGUGCUAAGAGUCAAAAGAAAAGGACACAGCUGUCUUGAGGAAUUCUGAAUUUAGAGGGAUAACACUAAUUGGUUUCAGCAACAAACAAAAAAAUAUAUAUAUAUUUAUUAAAUAAAAAUUAAAUGUCGUAUAUGCCUCAGGGCGGCCACCUUUAUGUUAUUUGAAGAUCUAAAUUCAUAUUUUAAACUCUAGAGGAGGGAAAUGCCAGUGAUGAAUGUCAGAAUAAGAACGAACCGUGGAAAGAUAUUAAGACCGACAUUAAGAAAGGAACCUAUUCCUUGCAAUUAAUUAUGUAUAGCUACUAAUCUGUAAAGUAACAAACAAUGUAUAACAUUGUAGAUUUUCAGUGAAGUUACUCUUUAAAUGUCACGCCAUACCCUUUUCAAGAGAUACGUAUUUCAUUAAUAAAGUAUUACUAUCAAAUUGCUUUUCUAUCCAUCUGUCAAUCAAAUUCAUCAUUUGAAAUAUUUCAAGGGAAAGAUCUGCGCAGAAGUACAUUCUCGUGCUGUUCAUUUAAGAGUGCGACGGAGAAAGACUGGGUUUAUAACUCAAUAAUCCUGCAAUGUUGGUCUUUUCGCCAUCUCAGUGAAGUCUGUUAAAAUGUGAAAUGCGGCGACAUAAUUGGCUAAGGGAAGAGCAUCUCGAAGCUAUCUUCUACCUUCAUGAAUUCUUCUCUUGCAAUAUCGCAGAUUCUCCAUCACAUCGGAUGCCAUCUCAAAGCAACUAUUGUGCAUUUUCUGUGUUUCCAAGAAUUGUGAAUUGUAACACUGUCAGUGGAGUUUGGUAGGAACCUUGGAGUCCAGUCAAAAAUGAACAGAAUUUUUUUUUUUUUUUUUAGAUGUCUCUGUUCCAAGUACUUUAAAUUCAUGUGUCGGCAUUAAACGUAUACAUAAAUUG